GCAACAAGCAUAUCCUACAUUUUUGAUUUAUGGUAAAUAAUUCAGUAUGAUGUAAACACAACAAAUGUAGGUAGCCAAAAGUUAACACGUCACCGGUGAAUGUUACUCACACCCUCGAUCAUAUUUCUUAAAGGAGCAGAGCGUUACUCUGCAACAUAGAGACCCCUUUAGCACAGAGUGUAUUACAUAACAGUCUGUGGCCAUGGAAACUAAUGGCAAGUGAGCCAAUGUUAAAGUUCAAAGGAUAAUACCACAUUGUUCAUAAGAAUGAAACUACAGGCAUGUAGUCAAAAUGGAUUAAAUGUAUUUCAAAGUGCUUGAACUGCUGAUAGACACUGUACAUUCUGCAGGAUGUUUUGUCACUAAUAAGUGUAUGAUUACAGAGUUAUUAAAGGAAACAGUCAUGUGGGUGUAAGUCUUUACAGAGAAAUAAGAGCAAGCACGGUAGGAGAAGAGUUUGCACUGUUUUAAAGUGAGUAUGUCUCUCAGGGAUCCACCGUACGAACCUCCUUCUGUCUCAGAGCUGCAGGAGUUCCUGCUGGCAGACAGACGACCUACAGGACAUGUCAAUCAAGUCUGGCCUAACCUUUACAUAGGCAACGAGGUGGCGGCUCGUGACAAGGACACUCUCCACAGUCUGGGCAUAACUCACAUUGUAAAUGCUGCUCACCGACCCACCAACCCUGACGCCGGCCCCUGUUUUUAUGUCAACACUGGCCCACGUUUCUACAGAGACAUGACAGUGGAUUAUUAUGGGGUGGAGGCUGAUGAUGCAAUAGAGUUCAUCCUUAGUCCUUUCUUUUACCCGACAGCACGAUACAUCGGAGCUGCACUGGCCAUAGGAGGACGAGUGUUUGUCCACUGUCUGAUGGGCGUGAGCCGCUCUGCAACAUUGGUGCUGGCCUUCCUGAUGAUUGUUGAGGGCCUGAGGCUGCUGCAGGCGGUGGCUGCUGUCAGACCGCACAGAGACAUCUGUCCCAACCCAGGCUUCCUACUGCAGCUCCGCAGCCUCGACAUGGGCCUGGAGAGGGAGAGGAGGAGGCGACGACAGGCCCAAACACUGUAAAGACACCCCCAGACACACACAAAGCCAUACACAUCAACAUAUGCACACAGACACACACAAAUCUUUAUUGCUACAGAGGUCAACCCCAGGAGGAGAACAUACCAUAUCUGACAGACCUAAGGCAAAUUCUUUGGACCAACAGGAAGCCAGUGGCACCUGUCAAUC